AUGCCUCAUUCUACUAAUUGUCAUCCUAUGCAAACCAGACUCAAGUCUGGGGUUGUUCAGAAAAGACAAUUUCCAGAAUUCUCAUGCUUUGCAACUAUGCUUACUUCUGUCAUAGAACCUGAGACUCCAACUUAUUUUAAGGCAGCAGUAGCUCAACCAGAAUGGCAACAGGCUAUGGCAGAGGAAAUUCAAGCUCUCCAAUUACAAGGUACAUGGAAUCUUGUUCCUCCUCCUCUUGACAAGAAUAUUGUAGGAUGUAGGUGGAUAUAUAAAACAAAAGAAAUUCAGAUGGAACAAUUUCUCGAUACAAAGCUAGGCUGGUCGCUCAAGGAUUCAGUCAAGAGCAUGGCACCGCGUGCAUGGAAUGCCAAGUUUACAGGUUAUCUACCUUCUUUGGGGUUUCAAUCAUCUCACUUAGAUCCUAGUCUGUUUGUCAGACAAAAUUCUACCUCUGUGGUUAUUCUAUUAUUGUAUGUUGAUGAUAUAAUCAUCACUGGUUCAGAUACACAAGUGGUACAAUCUGUUAUUGAUUCUUUGGGGGAGGUAUUUGAUAUGAAAGACAUAGGUCGUCUUACCUAUUUUCUGGGAUUGGAGGUUCAUUAUCAGGACAAUGGUGAUAUUUUUGUCAAUCAAGCUAAGUAUGCUCGAGAUUUGUUUAAGAAGGCAGGCAUGGACACUUGUAAACCAUGUUUGACUCCAAUUAAACCUCAUCAGUCUGUGUUGAAAGAUGAAGGUACUCUUCUUUCUGAUCCAACAUUGUAUCGAAGUCUUGUUGGAGCAUUACAAUAUUUGACCUUUACACGACCAGAUAUUGCCUUUGCAGUAAAUACAGCGUGUACUCUUCAGUAUGGGAUCACAUUCUCUCCUAGCUCUAUGCUUUUAUUUGGCUAUUGUGACUCUGAUUGGGCAGGUGAUCCUAACACCAGACGUUCUACCAUAGGUUAUGUUGUAUUUCUUGGUGAUAAUCCAAUCUCAUGGUCAUUGAAGAAACAAGCUGCAGUCUCUCGUAGUUCCACUGAAGCCGAAUACCGUUCUCUAGCCAAUUGUGCAGUAGACAUUGCUUGGAUUAGACAGAUAAUGUGUGAUUUGCAUAUGACACUGCCAGAGGCACCUAUUAUUCAUAGUGAUAAUAUGUCAGCAUUAGCUCUUAGUGUCAAUCCAGUUUUUCACUCGCGUAUUAAACAUUUGGAGAUCGAUUAUCACUUUUCAAUGUCGAAAUCUGGUUGUGCAAUAUAUUCCCACAGAUGGUUAGGUUGCAGAUAUUCUUACCAAGGGCCUUCAUAG